GGCCACCCGAGGGGCUCAGCCCCGGCCGUGCUCUCCCGAGGCAGUAACCCCCCCAGGUCACACGUGGGGAUUUCGUAGCGAUGGGCAUUUCUCCCUCCAUAAUUUUCCACGUCUCCUCAUUAACACGAACCAAGGCCCCAGCGCAGGAUGAAAGCGAAACUUCCCCGGCCGGUCCGCUCCGCAUGGCAGGGGCCUUAUUUCCUUCGCAUUUUACAGGAGCAAAAGUUCAAAUAUAGUUUACAUACCAGUGCGAGAGACUAAGGUGUCUAGUCUUCGCUAACUUACUCCAGCCUAACUUUAACUAGAAAAUACUCCGUGGGUUUAUUUUUCCCAUUUCCCCCGAACCAGACGUAUCUCUGCUCCCAAACACCUUCUCCCGUGUUCACAAACCUCUCCUUGCAUUUCUCCCUGAAAGUGCAGUCCAAACCCAGCAGAUUAGGUGAUGGGCAAAGUUGUGAUCCUGCUUGGAAAUCUCACUAGCUGUACGACUAGACAGACGAUUUAAGACCAUUUGUGCAAUUUUACUAACCUUCCUGGUUUAACAUCCUCAGCAAUGGAAGGAGAACUGUGGUUUAUCGGGACUGAGUUUAGGCAGCCCUUUAAAAAAAAAUUUCUAGAUAUGCGUGCGUGCGUGUGUGUGUGUGUGUGUGUAUUCUUGUCUAUCACUGCGCAUACACGCUUGCGAAUACACUGCAUGUAUUUAUUUUUAAAGUAGACAAUAAUGAGAAAUGCCCUCUUAAGAGUUUUGCAACAGAAAAAAUAUCAGCUACUUUACAUGCGCAUCAGAUCCGAUUCAAACGGCUCCUCUGAGGGGGAGAAAUGCACUCCUGCCCUUCCCUUAGUUAAAUGCAAUUGCCACCGUGUAGGUGUAUUUUUUUAGUAGUGCAGAGGUGGAAAGUAAAGGCAGUCACCAGCCCCAGCCUCCCGAGUUUGGGGAAACAGAUUCAGGACCCAGGUCUCCGAAGAUAAAGGCAUCUCGAGUAGUUUUUUUUAUUUUUGCCCUCUAGUUGCCGAUGAUUUUAUUAGAUGGGGGAAGUAAGGAGCUUUUUUGUUUUGUUUUGUUUUACGGGUUGUUUUUUUUCUGUAAGGGACCCCCCUGUGCAAGGAACUGGGGAAAGUUCGUGACCACUCAGUGUUUUUGUAGGAAAACUAAGACUCACGACACGACGACUCCUGCAGCUUCCUGCCCUAGGAGGGACAAAAGCUACAAAUGCAGCGCCGCAGAGCUCCCCUCAUUUUUCACUCCAGACUGUGUUGUUUAAAAGCCACCCACUCCCUAGAUUAAAGGAGACACAAGCCCCGCUGAACUCAACAUGGCCUGCUUCAGUUAUUAGCAAAAAGAAUUUCCUCUCCAGUUAAAUACUGUAGGAUUUGCAUAAACUAUAUUAAGAGAGAUUUCUAUAUUAAGCAGACCUGCCCUCGAACCAUCGGAGGCAAAUGAACUUUUAGCCGAGCUUUCCGAGGCAGAAACCGGUAUCUAGGAGUUACAUGCUGGGUUGUAGAGCCACUCUACAAUGCCCGCUUCCCACGUUGUGCUGCUAAAACUGAUAAUGAAGCGGGAGUAAGGUUAAACUGCUCCCUACCAAACCCAAACUAGUGUUGAAAAAUCACAGAAGCAGAAAAGAACUCAAAGCCUGGUUUGUUUGUUUUUUUUUUUUUACGGUAAUUUCCAGAGUGCUUGCUGAAACUGAACUUUUUCAGGAUCAGCAUUAACAGCGUUUUUCUGCCUUUAGAACAAAAAUCAUAACGGAGCCUUUGGCAUUCUGUGCCCAUUUCCAGUCUGCUCGGCUUUGCUUUCUCAUCCCAUAGCAUUCGCGACGAAAAAGAAAGCGCAGAACGGGAGGGAGGUCUUUUUUUCUUAGAUUUAAUUGUAGAAAGCCCCUUCCUUGGACCCUCUCUCGCACACGCCGUGCGUUCGCAGGUGUGGGUGUCUGUGUGCACGUGUGUACCUGCGGCAGGCGAACGGGGGAUCUAACCGGGGGAGUGCAAUAGAUACGGGAGGGGAGCGGUGCCCAGCGCAGAUUAAGGGAGUUCUCGUUACUGAAACGAUAACUUCUAUCUGACACAAUGAGAGUGUCACUCUUUCUCACCUUGCGGAGAGCGCUGCCUGUUUCUGAUCAUGACAUAAAAUACUCACUGAAGUCUGGGCGUUCUCGGAAGGCUGAGCUCCCUGCUGCAUGUGCUGUAGAUGUCACUGCUGUCUGAUUGUGCUUGAAUUAACACACUGUUUUGACUUCUGGAAAAUGCCUAAAGGACAAUGCAAAAAGCUUUUGUGAAUUUGUUUUUAAAGAAAGAAAUCCGGUUUCUUCGUGUUUCCAUUUAGAAGGCAGAGAGUGUGUGAACUGUGGAGCAACUGCCACCCCUCUCUGGAGAAGAGACGGCACCGGGCAUUACCUGUGUAACGCCUGCGGGCUCUACCACAAAAUGAACGGUCAAAACCGACCUCUCAUUAAACCUAAACGAAGGCUGUCAGCGGCUCGGAGAGCAGGGACUUGUUGUGCCAACUGUCAGACAACCACCACGACCUUAUGGCGACGUAAUGCAAACGGGGACCCAGUUUGCAAUGCCUGCGGACUCUACUAUAAAUUGCACAAUGUGAACAGGCCUCUGACCAUGAAAAAGGAAGGAAUUCAGACCAGGAAUAGGAAAAUGUCCAACAAAUCAAAGAAAAGCAAGAAAGGCUCCGAGUGUUUUGAGGAACUGUCCAAGUGCAUGCAGGAGAAGUCGUCUCCCUUCAGCGCUGCUGCCCUUGCUAGCCACAUGGCACCCAUGGGGCAUUUGCCACCUUUCAGCCACUCUGGACACAUCCUACCAACACCUACCCCCAUCCACCCAUCUUCCAGCAUCUCAUUUGGACACCCACACCCAUCCAGCAUGGUUACAGCCAUGGGAUAGAACCCGAUGACCAAGAGACCCACCCAGAGAUCAAGAACAUGGGGCUUUGCCUAGGACGACACCAAGUAAGAAAGCGUUCUGCCAAGAGGAGAAUGUAGGGAUGGCAAAGGGGGAGCUUUGCUCCCGUGUGACUUAACUCUUAACGCUGGACUGAAACCUUGCAAACGAUGGGUCUUCUGCAGAAACGUAGUGGUGCCUGUAAUGCACUUUGCCCCCUCAGGUAUAAGGAAAAAGAACUCACCUGUUCGAUACUUAAUGGUCCAGCAGGAAGCAAAAGGUGGCAGAAGCUGAAGGAAAAGGCUUGGAACUGGCUUUCCUUUCUCUCUUUGUUAUUACUGUGAAUAUUGUAAAGAGAUAUAAGCAGCCUCCCAGGAUGGAAUCGGCUCACCGGAAGCCAGACAUGCUGGAUUUCUAUCGCGGACUUUGUUUGGGAUGAGGAAAAAAGAAAAAGGGGAAAAAAAAGAAAAAAAAAAAAGGAAAAAGAGAAAAGGACAUCUUUAUAAAAACGUAAUUUUUAAAAUUAAAUCAGACACAAAAUCGUAUUUAUUUUGCUCUUGUUUUCAACAAAAAGCCUCAACCCCUCUGCAUGUUUUUGUGCUGUUGUUUGCAAUGGCUACCCUGUGAGAAAACCUGCCUCCAAAACGAGGGGUGAGGGGGGGACGUAUUCAGCAGCCCCUUGGAUUACCACCAUCUAUCUUCGCUACCAAAAUAUCUACUAGGGCAGGGGAAAAGACCAGGGGGUGAGGGGAACAAAGCAAAAAUGUAGCUGUAAUACAGGAUUUUAAUGUGCCCAAGGUGGUGGUUAUUUUGACACAAUUUCUUAAUUCUUUUCUCUAACAUGAAAGAUUUAUUUAAAAAAAACCCCACCCCCUCUCCCAACUCCCCUAUUAUUCCUCAGAACAGAGAGCUAGAUCAGACAAACUGCUGGGGGAAAAAUCUCCCCGGCAGGUAAUCCUGCACUAGCCAGGGGUGAGGGCAUUUCCCAGACUGUGUCUGUGAACUUCUAGCAGAGUAGAAAGCAUCACAGGGCAUAAAAACAUCCAACUUGCAGACUUCAGAGGUUGAAGCAUUUUGUUCUGUUGUGUUGGCAGCUGUCGCUUAAAAAUGCAGAUUAGCUGCCUGGGUAAAUUCGGGCAGUGCCCGGCCCGGGCUGUCCCAGGUGUCCAGGCCCCGGCGGACUCCGGGGAGCAAGGGCAGAAAUGAGGCUGAGAGCACCGGAGAGGGGAAGGAGAGAGAGAGACAAUCAGUUUGAGCUUCACACAUCCCUCAGAUCCCAGCCACGGUGACGGCUGAGGCGAGGGAAGGCAUCGUUCUAAGGGGAACGUCCCUUUUCCGUAGCGCAUUUUAUAUGAAAAAUUAAAAAAAAAACAAAAACAAAAAAAAGCAAAAAAAGAAAAUUUAACUCUCCCAUUAUUAAACCACAUUGUAC